CGCCGGCCGCCCGCGCUCGAUUGCUCUUGUCUGGCGGCUGCAGCAUGGCGGCGGGGGCGGCCGAGGCGGCGGCGGCUGUGGUGGAGGUCGGUUCAACCCGACAGUUUGAGGAGCUGCUGCGCCUCACAGCCAAGUCCCUCCUCGUGGUCCAUUUUUGGGCGCCAUGGGCUCCGCAGUGUGCUCAGAUGAACGACGUGAUGGCAGAGUUGGCCAAAGAGCACCCUCAAGUUUCAUUUGUGAAGUUGGAAGCUGAAGCCGUUCCUGAAGUAUCUGAAAAAUACGAAAUUAGUUCUGUUCCCACCUUUCUGUUUUUCAAGAAUUCUCAGAAAAUUGACCGAUUAGAUGGUGCACACGCCCCAGAGUUGACCAAAAAAGUUCAGCGACACGCAUCUAGCGGCUCCUUCCCACCCAGCGGUAAUGAGCAUCCUAAAGAAGACCUCAACCUGCGCCUGAAGAAACUAACUCAUGCUGCCCCUUGCAUGUUGUUUAUGAAGGGGACUCCUCAGGAGCCCCGCUGUGGUUUCAGCAAGCAGAUGGUGGAAAUCCUUCACAAACACAAUAUUCAGUUUAGCAGUUUUGACAUCUUCUCAGAUGAAGAAGUUCGUCAGGGCCUCAAAACAUACUCCAACUGGCCUACCUAUCCCCAGCUCUAUGUGUCUGGGGAGCUCAUAGGAGGACUUGAUAUAAUCAAGGAGCUGGAGGCAUCUGACGAACUAGAUACAAUUUGCCCCAAAGCUCCCAAAUUAGAAGAAAGGCUCAAAGUACUGACAAAUAAAGCUUCUGUGAUGCUCUUUAUGAAAGGAAACAAACAGGAAGCAAAAUGUGGAUUCAGCAAACAGAUUCUGGAGAUACUAAAUAGUACCGGUCGGAAGAGCGCCGGGGCACGGGCAGGAGGCCUGACACCCAGUGCUGCCUGGUCCUGUCAGCUGUGUGACAGACCUGAGGCCCCUGACCCCGGCUUCCUAACAGAACUGUGCGAGGCUGCUGUGGGCCUUCCCCACGUCCAGCUUGGCCUCAGACGCUAGGAGAUCGGUUAGCUCUGUCAGAUCGUAAGCAUGUUUAGAAACAAUACCUUUUCUUAUACACCCUUGACAUCUUUGACCAUUAAUUUACUUGUUUAGUUUGCUUUAAGGAAACCCUCCACGAAUGCUCAGUGGGCAGGACUUUUCUUGGGGCGCUUACACCUGAUAGCGCCUGUGUGUGCCACGCGCUGUUUCUUAGCCUGGUCCCGCAGGGACGCCGCAGUGCUAACCCCCCGGGAGCAGCACUGCUCCUAGUUAGGUUUUAAAAUAAGUUUUAACUCCUACUUUGGUCUUGUUGGGAGGACUCGAGCCCAGCGCUGAGUGAUAUCAGCUCUGUGGGCCUGGACGUGUGGUGAACACGGGGCAGGGGUGCCGUCUGCUGUGGUUUCACCUACACCAGUCUUGUCUGCUGCGGAGUGCUGUUUGACAUGGCGCUUCUGAAGGCAGCGAGUGAGGCAUUUUUACUAGUAAAGUGUCUCAUUCCUGGAGGAGAAGAACAGGCUUAACAUAGUAGGUCUUGAAUAGCCCUGAAGCAACAAAAAUAGAUCUGCAUUUGUUAUGUUAUAUAUGUGUUUUAUUUUUUUAAGACACAGUCUUCAAACCCAAAUACUCCUGAGCCUGUUCUUGUCUGAAUGUUUUAUAGCCUGUACCUUAGCCAUUGCUAACUCUUGGGAAGAUAACAAUCGAUCAAUCUCAUUUAAUUCUAAAGCCGAGCUGUGCAGGCAACUUCGUUUUAGGUAUAAAACAGGAUGUUACAGGACUCUUGAUGUUCACCUGCUAAAAAGACACAUCUGGACAUUUGUGAUAUUGGUAACAUUUUCUCCCGAGAAGAUAACUGGGAACAGUUCUUAGGUUGCCAUUUUAGUCCGUUUCCCACACAGCACGGUUCUUCCGUCUUUAGUUCAGCGGAAACAUCAUAGUUGCCAGGUGGGUUAAUUCUGGCUGGCCUUUAAGAGCACUGAGUGCUUUUUGCUGUUGAAUGGUUAGAUAAAGAACUUACCUGGUAAUUCAAUGACUCAGUCAAUCUAGUGUCUUGAGAAAAAUAGCAACUAAUUAGUACAUGUUCAGUGAGGUCAUGUUAUCACUACUGCAGAAUGUUUGUUUACAGAGGGAAUAUUUAGAUAAGGUCGGCGCACAUUAGUGGUGAUGAUGAUGGCGAUCCCCGUGUGCCAGACAGGCUGCCUUAGUGCUUAGGCCGUCCUCACAGCAUCCUGAGUUCCUUGUCCUCAGUCGUCAGAUGAGGGGACACGGAUGAGAAGUUAGGUAAUCUGCAUGUGACGUCACAACUCGUGAGUCCUUGAGUCCAGAUUCCACCUGCAGGCUUCUGGGCCUCUCCGUGAGCAGCAUGGCCUCCUGCCCUCCAGGUCAUGUGCUCAGAAAAGUCCUGCCUGGUCCUUUAGUGCAGUACGAUGUGUGCUUGUUAAUGAGUUAAUGUUGGAAGAUCCCAGAACAUCGCUGAGAGUUGUCUGAGUUUAUAUGACAGAAUCACACCUGAUGGGGUUUAACCAGAGAUGAAGUCACAUGGAAUUUAGUGUGUGUGUGUGUGUGUGUGUGUGUGUGUGUGUGUGUGUUUUAAGUAGUCACCAUGCCCAACGUGGGACUUGAAUUUAUCAUCCUGAGAUUGAGAGUCGCAUGCUCUACCGACUGAGCCAGCGAGGUGCCCUGAUUUUCGUGGUUUUAUUGAUGGAUGUUCAUGCUGCUUAGUAAUAACCUGCAAAUUUACAUCAGAUUAAAUGUUUGUCUUAAACUAGAAAAUCUCAUUCAUCAUUUAUUGUCACAUUUUAAAUUUGAUGGCUGUGUUCCAGAUUUUAAAUCUGCAAGAUAGCACACAACAUUUCUGGAUUUGUAUGUCUUUUUAGUGGUUUUUGACCUCUACAUGUACACUUUUACGCUCGUAGUACUGCGGCCUUUCCAGGCUGGGUUGAAACAGUGAAGCCUGUGUACCACUCGUGGGGCUAUGGGUGUUUUGCUCUAAUUGCUGUGUUUGUUAAUGCUGAUCACUCUGUUGGCUUUGGAAUGCCUUUUAAAACCUCAGUUCUGUAAUCUGAUAGUGUUUAUGGCAUAAUAGUUAGUUUCAGCGUGUUGGUGAGCUAGAGUUUUAGUCCAGUGAAGUGUUUCUUCUGGUCUCUGAUAACGGAAGCAACCUGUGAUUGUUCUUCAGACGUUUCCAUUUUUCAUCUGUCCGCAUACAUGUUGUUUUUGCUUUCUGUUUU